AUGCAAGGCGCCCUCUACGGUAUGGGUUCGACGCUGAGGGUCGGUGCCGACGUCAUCAAGGUCUUGGCAGGGCCAGAGCUGGCCAACCUCACGUAUCGGCCCCCUAGCCAGGAUGAGUUGGGACCAAACCCGUUGCUGGUGGCAGAAGAGCGCGGGACCCACGAGUCGAGCCCCGGCAACUUCCUCUCCACCCAGAGCGACGGCAGCGAGCCUCCGCCAAAGGCCGAGCCACCUCCCAAGGACGAAGCUGUCCGGGCGCACGAAUACCGUGCGGCCAUAAUGCUGCGGCAGGGCCAGCCAGUGGCCACGCUUGCCGAGUUGGAGGCUGCGCUCUGCCUCGCGGAGCAGCGAAGUUUGGUGCCGCCGGCGGAGAUUCGCCGGCGCUGGCAGACGCUGACGGCGUCUGCCGUCUCGUGGUCCCUGGACUGUCUGGCCGCGGCCAGUGACAAGCCCGGGAUCUACGACCAGGCACUACAGAUGCUGUGCACUGCGGAGAUACUCACCAGAACUGAAGUGGCGGAGACCUUUGGGGCAAAAGGGAUGCCCUCCCGCACCUUCCUCCGGGCGCUGAGCCUGGCAGGCUUGGGAGCCUACUACCAGCAGAGGGGCAAGCCUCGGGCCGCGGUACGUUUCCUGGAACAGGCUGUCGGCGGGCAAGCCAAGUUUGCGCACCCAGCUGUGCUGCUGAACCUCUGCAGCUCCCAUCUGCAACUGCGCGAGCCCGGGCGGGCCCUGUCCUACCUGUGCCAGGCAGUGCUCGCGCUGCGCAGCGCGACGGGCCGCCUCUGCUCGCAAGACGGCGUGGAGGUGGACGCCUCUGCGACGGCCGCCACCGCGGCAGUGUUGGCUGUCCUGGGCCCGGCGAAGCCCGAGGACCUGAGCAAUGAAGUGGAUGUGUGGGCUCGCGGAAACCUUUGGGUGGAUCCAUUUGGCCAGGGCAUCGACCUGUGGUCGGAAGAUCAAAGGCCUCGCAGAGCAGCCUCCCUGAGUGCCAGAGCAAGGAGGUCCGCAGAGCUCCUCGCGCCCCUCCGCACAGCCAGCCGCGAAGAGGGCUAG